AUGGCGGCACCGCUGAUGUUCCAGAGCCUCGGCACACGCAUAGCCGUCCUGACUUGCUUCUGGGUCGCAUUGCUGGCGAGCAUCCCUUCUUGGCUUCGGCUGACCACGAUCCAACGGUUGCCGCUACCUACAAAACAGGUGGAAGCGCUUCACUAUCCAGACGAUUGCCCGGUCGCUUUUCAAUCUAGUCUUACAGUGUCGGUCGAUCCAACGAUAAUAUCAGAAGAUGGAGGCCAGGAGGAAGGGGAGAAGGACGCUCAAGCAUCGUUCUUGAAGCAAGUGGAGCAGCUUGUGCAGCAGAGUCUCGAGAUCAAGGCGGGACUACCCGCGGCCGCCAGUCUCGAGUGCACGAGAUGGAAGGUCGACGUCCAUGCGACGAGCUCUGCAGGAUCACUGCCACCGUUGGAUCUCGAGACAGGGGCAUAUGCGGUACGAGUCGCCAGCGAGACAUCGUCAGAUGACGCCGACGCACAUCAAUCCGGUGUUCCCACCGUCUACCUUCCCAACCCUACCGACGAACCGGCAUCGCUUCCACUCGUACCAGACACCGUUAGCGCUGCUGUUAUCGCCGAGCUUCUCCAUCUACGAGGCGACAAACCACCUUCCACCGCCGCAGACGACACCUCCGCGUCCACCAUCUCAGACACGCAACACGACCCUCGCGUCAUCCAGUACAGCAAGCACGUACGUCUGGUGUUCAGCAUCAUGAACCAGGACGUCACCGACGGCAGUGCAUACGACAGUCAACUUGUCCAUGAUCUGGCGAGCGCCAACGCUUCGACGAGCAACCCCAUCACACGGCUGACGAGCGAGCUGAGCGGGCUGCACGACUUUCAUGUCGAGACGCAGGUUCAGUGGUUUGCACCGCUGCAAUUUCAACCUACCAGGGAGAUCUUGGAGGAGGUGGUGGAGAUCGAUGUGGAGGAAGAGGUGAUGGUCGAUCAAGAGGUGGAAGAGGUGGUGGAGGUAGAGGUUGACAAUGAAGAUCCAGCCGAGGGUGAGGUUGCAUCGGCUUCGACCAUCGAAGCAGACGCGGAGGCUUCCGAGGUGGAACGAGAACUCCCUUCCGCACCGUCAACAGGUCGUCGAAAGAAGACCAUCAAACAGACGCAGAAACGAACGAUCCAAGUCCCACGCAUUCAACACACGCGCAAGCAGAAGCGCACACCGCUACCGCCACGAAACGUCGUCGAAUGGGACGACUUGAAGGUCUUUGUCAACUCACAGGAAUGGAGUCUCACCUCCACCGUCCCACCAUCAUCUUCCUCUUCACAACGCAAUCACACCGUCGAUGGUCGACCAUACGACAUUCUUUCGCAGACGCACGAUCUGCACUUUUUGCUUUACAUUCCGAGCAAAUCCAAUACGCCACUGUUCAUCCGUGAUAUCGUCAAAGGUGGGGUGGAGGAGGCAGGUGGAUGGUUGAUACCUCAAUGGGGAGGUGUUGUGAUUCUGAACGCUGAAGACGAUCCGGCGGAAGAGAAUGGAUUGAUAUCUCACCAUCAGGGAGCAGGUGGUGGUGGUGGGGGGAAGGUGAUCGAGUUGUCAGAGGCAAAAGUCGUCGGAGCAAUGACGCUCUUCUCUCGUCAACUUGAAAUCCUUCUCGGCCUCUCCGACAUCCCAACUUCACCCCUACAACGCAACAUUCGACUAUCAACGCUCCAACAACGACGAACGCUCGAAUUAGCCAGAGAAACCACCUCGACGCUCACCGCCAUCACCCGUCUAGUCGAUCGCAUCGAAAACCUAGGUGUAGGUCCCCCCGUCAAAUCCGACGUCCAAUCUUCCCUCGACAUCAUCCAAUCCCUCGCUGCUGCCCAAAACGAAACCCAAAGUCUAAGCGAGUUGUUCGAGAGGACGAGGGAAGCUCAUGCGUUGAGCAAUAGGGCCUUCUUCAACCCGGAUAUGUUGGGUCUGCUGUAUUUUCCAGACGAGCACAAGUAUGCCGUUUACACCCCGCUGUUCGCGCCCCUGUUGGUACCGUUGAUCGUAACCACAGUCAAGCUGCUCAAGGAGCUGGCGGAGACAAGAGCAGGCAAAAAGAGUAGGAUGAGGUCGAGAAGGACUUCGACGAGAAACUCACUCUGA